AUGUUCAACGUGAUCUGGGCUGCGUCCGACCCUCUCAAAUCCGUCGAAGAACUUGUGAAGUUCAACAGGAUCGUGAAAAGAUAUUUCCCUGACUUUGAUCCGACAAAGGUCCUCAUCUUCACAACGCUAUCACACACAGUGGCACGAUUUGGGUUGGAAGAUGGCAACGCCGAUGAGGGCGACGAGCAGCCCGAGGUCGAAAGUCCCGAGGAAGAUGGCAACUACGCCGGGGACGAGAGUAGUGUUAAGCUCAUAACCUGGCUUACGAUUACGGUGUUCCCGUUAAAGAGAAACACCAUGGUCGUUAGACAGACUUUCACGGUCGAUCAAGCCGCAAAACAGGCCACAUUCAUGCUAAGCACCAUGAUCAGCAAAUAUAAGGACAAUAUAGUUGCGAUCUAUUCUUACUCAACUGCAGUACGCAGACAGGCUGCCAUAGCCAAUGUCUUUCUCGACCAACAGGUGCAGGAAGGGCUUCGGAGGAUGGCGUAUACCAUCUCCGAGUUUCAGAGCUCGUCCGUCGCUCACAAGGGAAACCAUGACAAGAUAGGCUUCAGCAACUUCGACAAGUUGAAGGCCAUCAUGCUCCAGACGCUCUCCUUCUCCAAGUCGUAUUACGACAACGAGAUGAAGGACGCAGUGGUGCCGAGGGCGCUGUACGACGCCUUUGGAUAG